AUGUCAUCCUUGGACGACUAUCGCCAAGACAUUCACUCGCUCUCUACGGAAAUCCAGUCUUUGGCAGACCAGCGCCAGACGUUGCUCCAGACGUACAAACAACUUUCCAACGCUCUCCAGCGGUCUCAAACCCCGGAACCGUCCCCGGAACCCACAACUUUCACCUCGGAAAAGGAGCGUCGUGACCACAUGCUGUUCAAGCGACAGUUUGCGGGUAUUAUCGUACCGCCGAGCGCCAGACACCUCCACUUUGAUGAAUCCAUCGCUAGUCUCUUUGAGCCAGAGAUGCCAGCGAAGAAGCAGAAAACCGCGGCUUCUGUGACGCCAGACUUUGUUGAAGAAAAUGCCAAAACCAUUGCUGUGAACGAGCAGCUCCAUAUGGAGAACAUCUACCGGAUGGGCGGUGUGACAUUGUUUCCGUUGAAUGAGCAGAUCACCAAAAUAUACUUUCCAGAGGAAAAGACGGAUCCGAAAGACGAAGCAGACCCCCUGGAGGAGAUGCUUCUAGGAGUGAGAAUCGACCUGACCUCCCAGACCACUAAAACUUUUGGCAAGCCACACUACGUGAUCUUGAGGAAAGCAGUGUCUCUGGGAAAAGCAAACGUGGAGGCGAAGCUCGAAUGGGAGGUGUUUAAGCACACAUUACCCCAGUACAUAUCCCUAAAAGAACACACCGCCUGGUUGAAUGUGGAUUUGCAAAAGUUUGGUUCCGCCAUUCGGAACGAGUUGGUGCAGUACCAGUAUAAGCAAGACUUGUUUGGCCCUGAGGGUGUUUUGUGCCAGUUGCGUCUGGAUACCGGAGACAAGCUCUUCGAUAGGGUUGAAACAGACUUGGCGUGUAUGGUGGUGCGUAUCUUUCUAGGUGCGGAGGGUCCUGGGGGUCCGGUGGAGCUCAGACUUCAUUGCCAUACCAAGUCGGUCUCGAAGUGCGAGGUAUUGAACACCCGAGAGGGUGAUGAGGAUAUCCAAAUCCUAAAGAAUGUGAGAGUGAUCAAGUUGCUCACUGGGGAUUUUGCCUCUAACACUGACGUCAUGACGAGAAAGUUUAAGCAGUGUGUGGAGAUUUUACAGGCAUAA